AUGGGAAAAGGGGAAAAGAGAGAAAACGUGCUGUGGCCGUUCCUGCUGCCGCUGCUGCUGCGGCCGCGCUUGGGCGCCGCGCUGGCCCCGCUCUGCCGCGGCCUCGCCUGCCUGGCGCCCCGAGCGCGGCCCGACGGCGCCGCCUGGCCCGACGGAAAUCUGCCUUCCCCGCAAGCCCUGACCGUGAGGCUCCUGGCGGUUUCCUCGCAGCCCCGUGCGGGCGUCGGCCGCGCCGGCCCCGCCCUGCGCCUGCUCCGGGAGCUCCGGCUCCUCCCCGAGCUCCAAAAAUCCUGGGACGAGGAAAUCCCGAAACUCCUGCGGCACCUGGAAGAGAACUCCGAGAAUUCCCUGGACCAGCAGGAAUGGGAGGAGAAGCUGCUCCAGUUUCUCCGGGAAUCCCUGGAAUCCAUCCCGGAUAAAUCCUGGAUUUGCCCCUUGGUGUCGGAGACGUUCCGGCAGCUCCGCGCCCCCGACGGAUCCCAGGAGGAAAAGAAUUUCCUCUACAGAUCCAUGGGAACGGCGCUGGGAUUGUGUCCCAGUAAGGAACUGGUCCGGAAGCAGCUCCAGGAACUCCUGGAAAACGCCCGGUACCAGGAAGAGGCGGAGCGGGAGGGUCUCGCUUCCUGCUUCGGGAUCUGCGCCCGGAAUCACCUGGAGGAAACUUUGGAAAAAUUGGAGGAAUUCGAGAAAUCCGACGUCUUCCGGAAAUCCCAGGGCUUGUUCAGCAUCUUCAAGGAGCGGAGCGAGUUGGAGGGGGAGCAGCAGCGCGGGGCCCUGGUGCUCUGCUCCGGCCGCGUGGCGGCGGCGGCGCCGCCGGAGCUGCUGCGCUCGCGCCUGGAGCCGCGGAUCCUCGGCAGCCUCCGGCACCUCGGCCACACCAAGGUUCUGGGAAUAAAAAUAGAGACCAAGGACCCGGCGCUGAAGCUGAGCCUGGCCCGGAGCAUCUCCAUGAUCGCCCGAGCCCUGGCCCGCGGCGGCUCCGGGAAUUAUCCCCGGAAUUUUGGGAAUUGUCCCGGGAAUUUUGGGAAUUGUCCCGGGAACGGCCCCGGCAGCUCCGGCAGCAUCGCCCACAAGGCCGAGCUGGUGGCGCUCAUGGUGGAAUUCCUGAGGGCGGAGCCUCCGGACGCGCUGCGGACGCGGCUGCGGCAGCGAGCGCUGAGCACCUGCGCGCACCUGGUCGCCCUGGAGCCGCCGCUGAGCGACGCCGAGCGCUCCGAGCUGCUGGACACGGCCCUGGGCUCCGUCCUGGGGCUGCCCCCGCCCCAAUCCGGGAAAAACCGGGAAGAGCCCGGAGCCCAGGAGCUGCUCGGGGCGGCGCUGGCGGCGCUCACGGAGCUGCUCCAGGGAAUUCUCCGGAAGCGCCUCAGCCCCAACGGCCUCCGGGAAAUCUUUGCCCAUUUAGGCCCCUGGAUCCGUUCCCCGCGGGAGCCGGAGCGGGAGCGCGGCCUCGGGAUCAGCAAAUCCCUGCUGGAAUUCUUCCUGCAGCAGCUCCACGUCCGCGCCGUGACCCCGUUCCCGGCGCUGGCCCCGCUGCUGGCGCUGCUGGCCCCGCGCUGCUCCGACGCAAUUCCCCAAAUCCGCGCCGAUUCCCUGGAUUGCGUCCGCGCCCUGCUGCGCAUCCACCUCUUCUACCAAGGGUUCUCGCGGGAUCACCGGGACGAGGCGCUGGAGGAGCUGCAGGCGCUGAAGGAGGGGCUGGAAAAUCCCGACGUCGCCGUCCUCUUCCACACCUGCAGCCGCCUGGGAGCCGUGCUGGGGAGGCGAAUCCCCCCGGAGCAGCUCCCGGGGCUGCUCCUGGCGCUGCUGGAGGCCUGGCAGGAUCCCGAGGGGAAUUGCGGCCGCGCCGCCGCCGCGCUCGGCAACGCCCUGAUCCGGGAACGGGGCGGGAUCCUGCAGGAAAAGGUGCCGGAGCUGCUGGCGGCGAUCCAUGCGCGGCUGGAGCUGCAGCCGGAGCCGCAGCUGGGGCGGGCGGCGCAGCGCUGCGUGCUGCUCCUGGCGCUGCAGCACCCCGAGCGCGUCGUCGGCAGCCUGCUGGCCAGAGCCCUGCCCUUGGACAGCCCCACCUGCGCCAUGUGGAGGGCGCUGGGCACGGAGCCUUCCCUGACUUCCCAAAUCCUGGAGCAGCUCCUGGAAAAGCUGAGCCGGGAAAUUCCCUUCAAGGAGAGCAAAUCCUUCCUGCCGGGCAGCGCCUCCGAGCGCGUGGCCACCGUCCCGCCCCUGGCCGCCACGCGCGCCCUGGAUGAGCUCAUGUCUGUGCCGGAGGCGGCGGCCGCGGUCCUGGAGCGAUUCCCGGAGCUUUUCCAGGGGCUCCUGCUGCGCCUCGGCUGCUCCGUGGGGGUCCAGCUCCCGAAAUUCCUGCAGGGCCGGGAAAAGAGGAACCUCCAGCCCUGCAGCUGUGCCGUGCAGACGCUGAAGGCGAUGCUGGCGCGGGCCGGGAACGACGACGUCGUCCAGGAUGUGGGAAGCGCCGGGGGCUGGGAACUGAUGGGAAUUCCCGAGCGGCACCACGACGGAAUCGCCCUCCUGGCCGGGGCCAUGGCUCGGCUCUGCGGGCCCCGGCUGCCGCCGAUCGUCCGGAGCCUCAUCCCGGUGCUGGGAAGCGCCUUCGAGUGCCAGAGGGUGACCAGCAGCGCCUUCCUGGCCGAGCUCCUCAGCCACAAGGUGGUGAACGACCUGGUCCUGCUGGAGCCGAUCCUGGACGCGCUGACGGCUCUGGAGAAGGAUUCCUGCCUCCUGGUGCGGGUCCUGGCGCUCCGGGGGCUCGGGAACGUGGCCUCGGGAUCCCCGGAAAAGAUCCGGAGGCACGGCUCGCAGCUGCUGGCCUCCAUGGUCAACGGCAUGGACGACAAGGACGAUCCCAACAAUCUGCUGGCGCUGGAGGCCAUGUCCAGCCUCUCCAAAAUCCUGGAUCACCUGGAAGAGCGGGACGUGCAAUCCAUGCUGCUCCACAUCGCCAUCCGCAUCCGGCCCUUCUUCGACAGCGAAGACGCGGAGCUCCGGCACUCGUCCAUCGUCCUCUUCGGGAACCUGUCCCGCUUCCGCCGCGCCGACUCCGAGGUUUUCUCGGAGCAGAUCCUCAACGGGCUCGUGACGCUCCUGCUGCACCUGCAGGACCCGCAGCCCGACGUGGUCAAGGCGUGCAAGUUCGCGCUGCGGAUGUGCGGGCCCAGCCUGGGCUGCGAGGAGCUCCGGGAAAUGUUCGGGAAUCACCUGCGGGAGGAGCGGGGGCUGCACUACGGGGAGUUCAUCAACGACGUCUGCAAGUUCCUGAUGCGCAGCCACCCCGCGCUGCUGGGCCGCCUCAUCUCCACCAACCUCUUCUACUUCAAGAGCCCCUGGCGGGAGCUGCGGGCGGCGGCGGCCAUGUCCGUCGGAUUCCUGGUGCUCCACAUGGACGAGGAGCAGGGCCAGCAGGUGGACCUGGACCAGCUCAUCUCCGCCCUGAAGCUGCUGCUGAAGGAUCCCGUUCCCGCCGUGCGGAUCAAGGCGGCCGAGACCCUGGGACGCCUCGUGCGCCUCCUCUGAAUCCCGGAAUUCCUGCAGUUCCUGGGAAUUCCCAGCUCCGAGACCCUGGGACGCCUCAUCCACCUCCUCUGAAUCCUGGAAUUCCUGGG